UCGUGUGAUGAGAUAGUUAGAGCCGUCAAAAAACUUAAACGAAACAAAAGUGGAGGAUUAGAACAAAUUAAUAGUGAAUUUUUCAUUGAAACUAUCGAUCUCCUCUUGCCUUAUUUAACAACCAUCUUCCAUCAAAUUUAUGACAAUGGUAUCUACCCAUCCAGUUGGCACGACUGCCUCCUUGUACCUGUUCCGAAAAAGGGGAACCUGCAUAUACCAGACAACUAUAGAGGUAUCUCAAUUUGGGUUCAGGGAAAAUAG